AUGUUGAUUGCAGCACAGUGCCUUAUAUAUCGUAUCGUUGCCACUGCAACUGCGAUGCAACACAGAGUUUGGCUCGACGAACCGGCUCGGGAAAGCGCACGACGCCUUGGCACCGUCGAUGGCAGCUUGCUUCAUACGCCACGCCGGAUCGUCGAGAGCAUGCAAGAUCGUAGGCAGAAACCGGAAGUCAGAAUGAGCUUCACACCGUGCGCCGAGAGGUUGCGCAUGAAGCAGGCCUUGGGACGUGCCGCUUGCGGCCUCGCGCACGGCCGCGCACAUGUCCGCAAACGACUCGAGGAGCAUCGGGAGAAUUACACUCACAAUCAUCUCCAAGAGAAAGCCGAGGCGCUCGCCGAAGCACUCCAUGACGGACAAGGCGCCUUGGCGGGCGUCCGUGUUGGAACUCUUCUCGCUUCCUCGAGGCGCAGAAUGACCAGAUGCUGCUUGCGCGCAGCGAUACCAAGACCCUUGACGACGACCGAAACACGAAAUGCGGUGCCCAUGCGGUAG